GGUCCUCUACCUGUGGUUUCUAGUACUGGUCAUGCUGCAGCUGCGCAUUAGUAACCUUGAUGAUUCCUUUCUGUAUGUGAGCCUCUGCUGCACCUGUUUUCUUCUAUUGUGAACGUAACCAACAUUUUCCAAGAUGGAAACUACUAAUUACAAAAAAAGGGAGAGCCAGGAAUUACUUUGCACUGAUAUCUCAACGAAUAGUAUGAAAAAAUAUAAGCGGCAAAGUUCAGAAUACACAAGAAUUUUUCUUCAAGCUUUGUCUACAUUACCAGAACAGAAGAAAAUAAUCAUCAGGAAGCUUGGUUUUGGUUCUAUUCUGGGUUUUUCAUGCUUCAGCAAUGUUGAUGUAAUUUUUGAAUGGCUAAUCUCGCAGUUUGAUACAAGCUCUGGAACUCUGUCACUAGAAGAUCGCUUCACAUUCACAUUAUCUUCUCACUCGGCACACAUGAUACUAGGAUUCCCUGCUGGUCCAAAAGCUGUAGUCAGAACCCAAUCAGUAGAACACCCAGAUUUCAUUUUCAACAUUGUGAAAACAAAGUUUCCUACAGUAGAACAUCUAUGUUAUUUGCUGUCAACUGAUUUGGAUGAAGAUUCUUUCACUGUGAUUUUCAUGAUGUUACUACUUACUGCUUUUAUUGAUCCAAAUGCAUCUGGAAUUCCAAACCCUGCUUAUUAUGCCAACUUGGAAGAUAUUUCUUCAAUCCCAAACCUUGACUGGUGUAAAUUCACACUUGAUUGCCUGUUACGAUCUAUCGAAAAAUUCCUGUUCAGGAAAAAACAAAACAUAGAUCUGGAAUCUGGAGGUUGCAAGAUUCUACUAGUGAUAUCGUACUUUGAGUUUCUAAUAACUUCAGAGUUUAACUUGGGCAACAGCUUACCAAGGUUACCACUGUGGACAACCCAUGUUGUCAACUCAUACAUCGCACUUGAUUCACAACAAGGACAUAUUAAAGGAUUUGGAAGACUCUCUAAAAAGCACAUAACAUCAACACCAUUCAAAGGUAGUAAGCAGCAGAUGGAAAUUCCUACAGAAAUAAGAGAUUACAUGGAGCUAAAAUUUGAAGGAAUUCCUUUAUGCCAGGAAAAGAAGAGGCUGCAAUCGUUGGUUUCCAAUUUCUUCAAGAAAAUGGUUCAAAAUUGCAUACCAAUCGUUAAAGGUUAUGUAGACGACAUUCAACUUGUUUCAUCUUCAACACAUAAACAAGAACUUGAGCCAUCUUUCGAGAACGAAUUGCAUUUUCCUGCCCAAGCUAAUAAGAAUGCAAUAAUUGAAGAAAGCAAGUCAGAAAUGGUUGUGUACCAACAGAAGAAAAAAGUCUCGGAAGAAGAGAUGGAGAAAUUCUUCCAGAAUAUGUUGUUUUUCAAUCAAAUUCAAGUUCCACAAGACAACUACGACAUUAGAAGUGAGUUCCAUCAAAUUCUACAUAAUAUCAGUGAACGUUGUUCCCUUGGAGAACAAUCUGGUGGUUUUGAUCUACCAAAUCUUUAUCCUGAAUUCGAAUCAAGUUUACUAUAUCCAAAAGGCAUGACAUCAGCAAUCAAUGUGAAUGAUACAUCGUUGCAGUUCUCUGAAUUCCUUAAACAAAUUAAAGAAGAGCUUUCUUUUGAAAUAAAAAAUCAAAGGAUAUCAUAUCCAACAAUGGAACAGGACUGCAAGUUCUCUCUUCAGAAUUUUGAGUUCUAUUUGCCUAGUGAAGAAGAACCAUUUCAUGGAGAUGAUGACAACUUGCAUGAAUUCUUUAGGAGACCAGAUAAUAUUUUAUCACACAAUGGCAUAAUAAGUGAUGUUACACCCAAAAUUAACUGGCAAACUAUUGGUCAGAAAAAAGUUCAAGAUGAUAAAUAUGUUUUCUCUCUAAAUGAAAGGCUACUUGGGAAAAGAAUUCCUUCAAUCACUGAUGAAAACAAAGGAAAUUUCCCUUGUUUCAAUCUUUUCGAAGAAGACAAUCCAAAUAUGUCUGGUCAUACAUAUUCCUCGCCAGGAUCAAAACUGAAAGCAAUUGAUCCUCUUUUACAUAUGGUUCUUGACCAAUGUGGGCAAGAAAUAUUAGGAGGACAAAGCAGUAUCAAGUUAAAAACUCCUUUCAUUCCUAGCAGCAAACUAAAAAUGCAACAUGUGCAACCUCCGCAACAAGUUAUUUUCGCCACUGCACUUGAGCAUGAAUUUUACUGCAAACUUACAAGUACCAAAACAGAAAGCAGCCCUAGGAUUUUUGAAAUUAAAAGAGUAUGGGUGGAUCAGAGAACUUUGGCGUUAUCAAUGAACACAGGAGGUUGGAUUCACCCCUGUGUAAUGGAUUGUUAUGGAAUGCUAACUUCAACCGAGCAAAUUCAUCGUAGAAAAGAAGGGAAAUUUGGUGAGAAAGAAAUUCUCAUGCAUGUCGUCAUAAAAGAAGUCACGAAAUUACUGAUGGACCCUAACCUGGAUUGUUCUGACCCAGAAUAUAAGAGGGUUUUAUCACUAGAUUAUGUUGGAUAUAGAUUGGAAAAUGCAGGACUGGUACACAUUCCAUGUCCAGUUGGAAAAGAGUGGAUUCUUAUUGUCGCAAACUUCAUUGAUAAAUCAUUUGAUGUAUUAAAUCCUGAUUCCGCAGAAGAAAAGUUCUCAUCAGUAGUCAGCACUGUGAUUUUCAAUUUCAAACAGCUGUUUGUCAAAUGUUACCCUGGUUGCUUCAAGUUCAAUAUACAUGACUUUAGUGUUAAGUAUGUUCAUGUGCCUAAACAAAACUUUAGGUAUGACUCUGGAAUUUUUGUGAUCCAGUACAUAAGAUGCUACAAUGGAGUUGAAGUACAACAAUUCUCAAAUGUUGACUUGCAAGCAAUCCGUGAAAAAGUGUCAUGCCAGCUAGUGAUAAACAAAUUCAAUGAGCAACAAGUGCCAAUAGCUCGAGAAUUCAUUGCGAAGCAUGCUCCGCAUCUUCUCCAUUGAUCAAGAAAGCAAAGUUUUUUCAACAGGACAUAUGAUGUAUUACAGUUAUAUCAUGAUCAAGGAACUUCUCAAUCCUGCUUCUUCCUUGGGAUUUUCGCCGCUGAGAGCUUCUUCUCUGAUUCGUCCCCCGAGUCCGGUCCUCCGCCUCGGCCUCCGCCCCUUCUUCGCUCGUGUUCUGUUUUCGUACACGAACUACUGGAUCUCUUACAAAAUGAGAUAUUACAUUCCAUGGUUGGAGAAUAUAGUCUUGUUACGAGACUUCCUUUUAUAAGUGGGAUUUAUUUUUACGCUUGUUUUUAAUUUGAAUUAUGCAAGACCUACAUGAAGUACAUACAAGAUGUUUUUAAUU